AUGGUGCUCGAUCACGCUCCCGUGACGGGGCUUUUGCUCAGCAUCUCCGCCCUCUCCAUGUCCCUCACUCCUCGGCACUACAUGGCGUGGCGGCACGCGUACGUGGCGCCAGGAUGGAGAACGACCAUCAGACAUCUCCCACUGGAAACAUUGCCGUUUGGGUCAAUUGGCGUGUCUCCGACGGACGUCAUGUGCACCCUUUUGGUGCUGUUUCAGAUGCGAAUCCUGGAGCGGCGUUGGGGAUCCCCAUUCUUUCUCGCCUUUGUCUUGACCUCUGCCAUGACAGGCUCUGCACUGCUUAACAUGCUCGUCACGGAAGCCACACCGCCCUUGAAUUUGGACCAGCUGCGCAUUUUGUCGGCGGGUGGUUCGAUCGUCCCGUUGGUGGCCCUUGCCACGCGCUACCUCCUUGAGGUGCGCUCGCUUCGCCGGUGGCGCGUUCCGCUCCUUCAGUUUGCCCUGACGGAGUGGUCCUUUGUCCUUUUGCCUCUCAUGCGGCUGGUGUUCUUCCCCGCCACGGAGGUGCUCCCGAGGACGCACAAGCAGGGGGCUAUACAGGUGGAUAUCGGUUCCUGGACGCGUGUACUGCUGGCUCUCUUAGGCAUUCUUUGGGGCAUCGCCUCCAGGGAGACCUGGCUGCUUACCUGGUGGCUUAAGUUUUCCAGCCGUUACAUCUGCCGCCCGUUUAUCAGGUUUAUUCGCCCCAUCCUCUCCUGCCUGACUGGCCCAGCAAAUGUUGUGGAGCUUGGCAUUCCGCGGCAGAAUAACAGCGACCAGUCGGCGCCGGGCGGCCGCUACACCGUGGAUAACCUUGCUGGACUCCGCGACGAUGGAUACCCGCGCGUGCAUCCUCGGCACGGGUCUGUGGAUGCGUCCCUUGGGGGACAUGUGCGCCGGCGACACGAGCCAGAGGCUGGGCCUCACAGCGGUGCAUUUCUGCUGGGGGAUGCUGUCUUGGACGAGCGGAUUGCCCAAAUCAUGGAUCUCGGGAUGGGGUUUGACGCGGAGACUGUCCGCUCCGCCUUAAUCGAUGCAAAUGGAUACGUCGACAUUGCCGUCGAGAAACUUGUGAGCCAUCGCUGA